AUGACUAAGAAAGAUUCUGGUAUAAAGGUUAAAAAAGAUGAUCUCAAUAAAACUAUGUCGGCGAGAAUUUCUAUGUACUCAAAGGUAAGACAAGAUAUUCUCACACAUGACAAAAUUAUAAACAAACAGCUGCAGGUAGACAAAUAUUUUAAGGAACUCGUAGAUAAAUUGGAUGAAAGUCAUGAAACUGAUUUAACAUUAGUCAAAUUGGAUCUUAAUGCUUUAUUGUUAUUCACAAAAGAGACAGAGGAUAAAGUCAAAGAGGUACAGGAGUUAAGAACAAGGAUUAUAGUUAUUCUCUUAGCUUUAUCAGGAGUGAGUACCGGUGACUCGGGUGAGGACUCAUCUGAUUCAUCGUCAAGAGAAAACUUUGUUCCGAGUUCGAAGAAACAGGAAGCUAGCUCUCAAACCCCGUCACUGUUUGAAGAAUCAGGAAUUGAUAAAACUACAUAUGAUAAAUAUGUGACAAGACAAUUCCAACCGUCUGAUGGCAAAGAAUCAGGAAAUUAUAACCAACAGUUUAUAAAUCAGUAUAUAGAGCAAGAAAUAACAGCAGUCAAUAAUGAAUUUCUUAAUCCUAAAUAUGGCGAUUUAGGAAAGAGUAGUUCUAAUUCAAUAAAUUCAAACGUUGAUGAAUCUGGAAAUUACCUAACAUCUAAUAUAAAAAACACAUUACCACAACAAAAACCUGGCAUAUAUUCAGUGGACGAAGUUGUUUCAAAACACCUUCCAGACCCAACAAUAAAUACCAACGAGUUGGGAAAAGCACCUCUACUUCUUAUCGAAAGUUUGAACACAGAUAAGCAUAUUGAUCAAAUUGUAGAGGCGAAAGAGUAUAAUUUCGAGUCUGACAAAACAGCUGUAAAGGUUAACGUUGAUCUAGGGAUCGACAAUGCAAAAACAGGAAUCUUAAACAAUAUUUUGAUAAACUCUAAUUCAAAUACAAAAGACAAGAAUAUAGUACAAGGUGAUGGUAAAGUUAAUAUCAAUACUAGUACAGUUAAAGCUACAGAACAAAAGUAUAAUGAUGAAAUAAGGAGGGAACAUAAUAACAUAAUUGAUAAGCUAUCAAUAAACAGAGAAAAACUUGCAUAUUUAAAUGGAGAAAAAGUUCAAACGAAGAUUUAUAACCCCUCAUCAAAUUCGAAUGCGAGGAAUACAAUUAUGAAGUCUGUGAAAUCUGCAGAUGUGUUGAAUCCAGCUUUUUCAAGUUUUUAUAUAAAAAAGAAAACCCCUGAAACAAAUGGCGAAGCAGAAAAACAAAAGAACCCAAGCAGAAAUAUGACACCUAAAAGCCAAUCACCGAAGUUAUCCUCUGUUGAUUUAUCUUAUCAAUCCUUCAUAACCAGCUCUGAACCAGCUGACAGUUCGUUGAUUGCAAAAAUAAUAAAACCGCAAUCAAAACAAAACUUAGAUGUCAAAACCUCUAAAUAUUUUAAAACGGAUGGAAAACUUCAAAAAGAAAGUUAUGGUAAAAAUAAAUCAGUAACUUCUAAAGUUGAUAAUUGGUUGUGGAUAUAUCCUAAAGCAAGGAUUAUCAAAAAAGGAAAUUCAGGCCAAGACAAAAAAGUAGAAGCAAAAUCAGAACAAAAUAACAAAAUAUAUGAUGAUAAACGUUUCAAAACUAAGAAAGAAAACCAAGACAAUAUAACGAAGAAGGAACAAAAUCGUCUGACCGAAAAAGGAAAACAUAAAAGACCAGGACAAGUUUGGAAUAAAUAUUCUACCUUUUCAAAACGUAAACCCCAAUACCAGUGGAAAUAUCCACUUGGAGCACCAGAUUUUAUUGAUAUGUUUACUGAUUGGCUGCUUAACUCUUCAAAAGACGUCAGCCGAAACAAAAAGAAAAUUCGUUCAGAUCAACAAACUAUUUUUGGUCAGGAACUUGGAAAUACAGCUGUCAAGAAAUAUAAUAGAGACCUGACUGCAAAUCGUCCAGCUUCCAUAGAAAGUCUUGCAAAGUCCACAAAUGAUAACCAAGAUUUGAGACAAUCCAAGAAUAAUGAACAAGGAAUUGUAAAGUUUAAAGAUAACCCUUCGGCUUUUGGGGCACCAAAGAAAAUGAGAGGGAAAAUUACAAAUGAACUAACAAAUGUAAAUCAUUUGUCAGACACAAUUGUGAAUUCAAAACCUAAAAAAGAAGAAACUAAAGUUAGAAAGAUCUCAAAUGGAGAUAACAAAAGCUUAAUGGCGCACUACGACAUAAACGUCAACAAUUUAGCCUCUCUCGAAGAGUUUUUAUCAUCAAGUAUAGGUUCACACGCUAAAACAAAAAAUAAUUUAUGGAAUUUUUCAACAAUUAAUUCCAAACAAAGGGCGAAACAGUCUGAAAACCGACACUCACACUCUUCACAACCAUCAUCUCAAAUUAACGUUGUAAAUCAUGAUCGGGUAAAACAAGCAAUAAAGAGUUCAUAUGAUACAUCUAUUCCAAAGAAAAAUCUGACUAUCUUACCACAGUUUGGUGGUUUAAAAAUUAAUGUUGGUGGUUUUAGCCAUGGUUUGCCAGCGAGUUUAAGUAAAUUGCACCAAAAAUUGCAACAGGCGUGGAAUAAACGUAAACGUACAUAUGUACCGGAAACAAAAAUUAAUCACGUAGCUUUAGACAAAGACGAAAUUGAAAUAGGUUCCAAACUUGUUGCUAUAACAAACCAGUCACGGAUCAUGCUUGAUAUCCCGGAUAUCGAAGCAAGAGUAAGAAACAGAGGUAAACAAAAUAUUCAUCAUCAUUUAAAAAUACCUACUAUAUUACCUUAUUUGGUAAGAAGUGAUACAAGUAAUAUCGGCAAAGGCAAAGCAGAGCGUACCAUAAAACCCAAUUCCAUACAAAAUCAAAAAGGAAUAAACAUUGAAAAAGACUCUAAGGAUAUAAAAAACAAUGUAAUUGAAAUUGUAAAUGAGGCCCGGGAAUCAUCGGAGCCAAAAAAAGAAUUUACUCAGACACAAUUCCAAAACAGUAAGAUAUUGACCAGUUUGCCAUAUCACGUGCGUUCGCGUACAUACAAUGCAAACGGCGCUAAAGCAAUAAAGGAUUUUACUGUGGUCGCAGAUAAUACACCAUCAUUAUCAAAAUUACCUAACAACAACAUAGCCAUUCGUUCCAAUCUUAACUUUAUACGUUUGGUUAAACCCCGAGUUCCUACAAAAAGAACACAGAUAGUCCACCCGCAUGCCAAUGUUGUUGUUCGUAAGAAUUUGGGACUUCACACAAAGAAGAACUUUAAAAGAAACAGGAAUACCCGGCAGGAUCAAGUUUCUAGCAUUCCUCAAAAGAAACAAAUGAAUCACAACUCUGCAUCUAUUUUAUCAAUUAAUCGAGAAAGAAAAAGAAGAGUGGAGACGAAAACGGCUUCUGAAGGUCGUCUCUCGCCAUUACAAUUAAGGAGAAUGCAACAAGCUAUGAACGUUAUGCGGGCACCAGGACCAGUGCAAACAUCGGUAAAUAGAGUUAAUAAUUUCCAAAGACAUGCAAAACAAACUAUUUCCCAAAGAACUGCUAGAUUGAGAAACACUGUUAAAUCUAAUGCACGAACGCGUACUCGACGGUUGAGACGAAAUAAUGUCAUAUCAAAUUCAGUGGGCCGACCAGGACGACGGAUCCAAUUUCGUAAUCAUAAUCGAAAUUUUAGAUCGUUUCCAACUCAUAAUGUAAGAAAUCCUGCAGCAAGGGGAUUUGUAUGA